AUGAGUGAGAAUACUAUUGAAGACCCAAAAAAUGAUUCGAACAAUUUCAUGAUCAAUUCGUUAGCACGACACCUAUUUUUCAGCAAAAUUUUACCCCUGCUGCCGAUAGAAUCUUCGUCCCAUAACUAUCAAGAGGUAGAAAACGGAACAUUCUACUUGUCCUGCAGAUCUGUUGCGUUCAACAUAACAGUACACAGAAACUUGAACCCGGUUGUGAAGAACAGUCUAGAUUUGAUAGAUUAUAUCCUACAAGAUGAGCCAAUUACCUCUAACAAAUUGAAUGAGGACUCGAUGCAUUCGAUCCUGGUGGUUGUACGACUGCUAAGUGACUUGCUCGAAUUUUACUGGGAUUGCAUAGAAAGUAGGACUAGUGCUGCGGAGUUUGACCCAACGUACACGAGGCAAAAAAAAUUCUUUAAGGGUUCUGCUGUUGGGUUUUCCACGCAUAGACCAAGCUUCCACAGUGUUCAACCAGAACCUAUAGAUCCACCACUGAUUACCAGGCUAUUGGAAACGUGUACACGCAUCAAAUUUAAUACUAGACUUCUUAGCGUUUUGAAGGGCAUGGCACCAGGUUUGUUUGGUCCUGGAUCCUCAACGUUGACUAAUAUUCUUCCCAUCUACCAGAAGUUUCUAAAGGACAAAAACUUCCCUUACUACACUGCCAAAAUCGAUUUGACGGUGGACUACAUACUGAAGUUUGCAGCAGCAGCAAAUCCGAAACAGUACCACCAAUUUUUGAACUCGAAAGUAUCUCACGUUUCUGCUAAUAAUAUCAAUUCAACAUCGGAACUUGGAAUAGUGCGGUACCUGGACUUCUUCGGCUGUAUGUUUUUGACAGAUAAAACCCUGGCACAUUUUUUGGAGACUAUAAAAUCAAUGGCGACCACUAUGAAACGAAACGCAUUGUAUCCAUUACUUUUAUACUACGCUGGGAAGGCAGUACUGUUUUGGAUUAUGGCAAGGCCGGAAGAGUACAUUUAUUUGGCACAAAAACUACAGCAUAUAAAUAACGAGACUACACCGCAUUACGUGAAAACCAUACCGCACUUGGCAACCUGUAUGUUUGACGACGUAUACUCACAUUUUAACAUUUCUGGUAUCUUAACAAGUACAACCGAAUUUGCAUCGGAACAACACUUGGCUGCUCAUAACCAACCACAUUCCAGCUCCACUGCAGGUAAUAACGGAAAUGCUACCUACCAACCAAUCCACCACCCAAGCCAGGCAAGUACACCUGUUGGCGGAGAUGUCAGUCGCACAUUACAUCAUGUAGCUUCACACGCCAGUGGCCACAGUUCAGCCAUCAAUUCGAUCGAAGAUAGAGUACUUGUUUCGCCUGUUAUGUCAUCCAACUUUUCACCUUCAUCUUUCAUUAGUGAAACAAAGUCGAUUUCUAGAGAUAUCGCCAGUUCCGCCUUUCAACCUCCCAUGUCAUUCUUUAAUGAGCCGCCCGCAACGCCUUCAGAGACCUCCCAUGUGUUUCCGUAUUUGUCCAUGGAAGACACGCCAGUGUCCAGCUUGAUUUCAAACAUUAACUCAUUAGACAACAUCCUGGAGCUUUACACAAACCUACAUAGCAACGAACUGCUAUCAUACUCCACCGUAUUGAGGUUUUUGUCCAUCCUGCUUUUUUUGGACCCAGACACGUUCCCCGAAAUUAAUUUCACCUCGUUCAAAAACAUCCCAGACGUAUCAGAUUUAUCAGAUUUUACAGUUAAGACAAAAACAAUGCGUCAUUCUGGUAGUACCAAUGGAGGAGAUAAGGAAAAAUCGCAAAGCAUCAAACAGUUUAGACAUAGUUUGAAAAAGUUGACCACGUUGCCUGGCUCCAAAAAGUCGCGACAAGUCAAGUUUUUGACUCUUUUGAUAAAAAAUUUAAACGGUUCGCAAGUGGCAUGUGAUGUGGCCUUCAUAGACUCCUUGAAAACUUUACUAUCUAUCCUGACCAUGUCUUCCUCCGUCUCGUUACAUAACCAACAAUUUCCAUGUGUUGUAUUCUCGAAAAGAAUAUACAAGAUACUGGGCAAUAACUUUGACGUUGGGAGAAAUUGGGCCGCCCCAACUAACAAUCACAUUAAAAACUGUUUGACAAGAAACGCGAAAACCAAGAAGUGUUUACAAUUAGAAUUCUUUGCAGCAGGUCUGCAACUCGAUCCAACUUACUUCUUGCAACAUUUAGAUUUGGAGAAGGAAUUAGACGAAGUCAAUUUAGAAAAGUUAUCGAUUUACACCGAAGGUUUCAGGAUUUUCUUUCAUCUUUUAGAGAAAAAUGAUCUGAGAAUCGAACUUGCAAAGAAAACUUCAGACUUUUUCAAGACUUUGUUCUGUACCGUGGCUGAUAUCUUACUAAAGGAUUUUCCAUAUUUUGAUGACAAGGUGACUAAUAUUGUGUCUUCGAUUCUGGAUGGAUCAAUCCUUGAAAAGUUUGACAAAACAAGAUCGUUAUCCAAUAUUAACGAGUCCGCAGCUGGAUCAUCCGAGGUUGGGAGUUUGGAGGUUUGCUCAGCGGGGUCGUUAACCAGACGAUCCACGUCAUCUAAAGGCAGCGGCAGAAAUGUUCCAGGAUCUUGGGACGUUGAGGAAGUUUUGCCGUCUAUCGUAAGUGCGGACAAUUCAACCGAUUUCCAUAAAAACUUGCCUGAUGAUGAUAGUAUAGACACCCCAUUCGACAUCAACAAGCUUAUUGUUCCGAAUGCGAAAAGGCGCUCGGCAAGUAUGCCACAAAAAAGAUUCAUUUCACUGAGCUCUCCUACGGACCUAGAAAAAAAUAGAUUUAGCCCAAGUUUUCCAGGAACCAAAAAUGAUAUGCCCAAUCUUCCGACGUCACUGGCACACCAUUUCCCUACACACAUGCAUUCUUCAAUGCCUAAAACUCUUAAGUCGCCAAAACAGAAAAAUGACGCAGCAAGGAGACUAUCUGAUGAGAAACUGUCCAAAUUCGCUAGUUCCACCAAGGCAAGUUUGCGCCAACUCCAGGAACCUAUUCAUAAUCCAGGAACUCCGUCGAGAGAGAACCACAAACUUGAAAACGAUCAUGCAAGAAACAUUAUGAUGAACAUAUUUAGUAUUUUCAAAAGACUGACCAAAUUUUUCAUCCUUCCUAAUGCGGGUCAAAAAUCUGCCGAGUGGGUUUCAAGGGACUUCAAGAAUAUUAUUAAACCUAUCUUUGUUGCCAUCAUGGACAAGAAUAAAGUACUGCAGAAUUCUGCCCAAUCAUUUAUGGAUAUUUUGGUCAAUUACAUGAGCCAAGGAACCGAAGACAUAGAAAAGGACAAACUAUAUGAGUUCUAUAUCCUAUCGAGUUAUACUGUGUCGCUAUUUGCAGCGACAUUGUUUGAUUUAAAAAUCUCAAAUGCUAAAAGAGAAAUUCUGUUAGGAGUUGUGGUUAAAGUCCUGAAACUAAGGUUGGAACUUAGCAACUCAGCUAUUGUCGCAGGUAUAGAAAAUGGUAUAGUUGAGAUAGAUGCAUCAGUUUUUCCUAUUGUUGCUAUUACUGUUGGGGGUGGUUUAUUCGUUUCAUUGUUUUGCAAUGAUGGCAACGUUCCCAUUUACUUAAGGGAAGGAUAUAAACACUUCUAUGAAGCCAUACAGUUUUAUGAGACCUAUGUUGACAAUGUUGAUGAAACCUGCCUGUACAAUAUUGAAUUUAUAAAAGUGAUGUCACUUGAUACUUAUGCUUCAUCAGGCUCAGUGGCGUUCCAGAGGAAGCUGAAGAAUAACAUAUUAAAGUAUAUCUCAUUUCCUGACUCCAUUUUACUUGAUGCGAUGAGCGUUCUGUUCAGAAAGUGGUCUGCUUACACGCAGAUAAAAUAUUUUUCUCAAAGAGAACUGACAGAUUUCAGAAAUAUAGCCGGCAUUUUAGCUGCAAUAUCUGGUGUUAUCAUGAGUAAAGACUGUACCGGCUUAAUGGAACUGAAUGACUAUCCAUUACUAAAGGUAAUGCGCAAGGAUUUGAUUGUCAGUACAAACGAGUUUAUCAAACAGCAGUGUGAAUGGCUAAACAACUCUGAAUUAAUAACACGUGAAAACUCGAGGGACUUACUGAGUAUUGAACUGCACCCUAUGUCGUUUGGACUUCUUUUCGAAAACCUGAAAAUCAAGAUUAAUAUGCUCGAAAAAAUAGACAUCUCUGAUCCAAACCAAGAGUCUAACUUUGUUUUACUCGAACAGAUAAUUAUUAUUUUGAAAACGAUUUUACUACGUGACGAUGACGAACAUGUCCUUAUUCUCUUUUCUCCUCAUUUAGUGAACUCCAUCGACGACUUAAUAGGAAUUGUAGAAAAGAUUGAUGACAGUUCCAUAAGAUAUUAUAAAAGUAUCAUCCAAAUGUCUAAAAUGUUCAAAGCUCUGCAGCAUUGCGAAGUGAACUUAGGCUUGAAACAUCAUUUUAAAAUGAAGAACAAAUGGAUGAAACUGGUUAUCAACUGGUUUGAAUCGACUAUCACAAGAACAUAUGAUUUCGAAAAUUUAUCUAAAUCGCACCGUGAAAUGGAUCUGAAGAAAAGAGAUAUGGACUUCCUUUUCAUCGAUACUUCCAUUGAAUCGUCAAAGGCGCUUGCCUAUUUGACAGAAGGAGUUCCCUUGGAAGUACAGUCGUCAAACACUAAAGACGAAAUGGAUAGGUCCACUACGGUUGUUUUCGGGAAGUAUUUUACCAUUCUACUGAAGGGCCUGGAAAAGAGUACGAGUUCUGAUAAGUUUCCUGUUACUCUGAAACAUAAAAUAAAUUUACUCAACGGAAACUUGAUUCUGUCUUUGACGAACUUAUCAAAUUCCAAUGUUGAUGCAAGCUUCAAAUUCACCUUACCAAUGGGAUAUUCCUCUAAUAAGAACAUAAAAAUUGCUUUUCUCAAGGUAUUUAUUGAUAUUGUCACCAAUUAUCCCCAGAAAACUGAGAUGUCAGAAAAGAAACAGAUUGAAGCGAUGGAUAAACUUAUUCUACUUUUGAUCGAGCACCCUAGAAUUGCAUUUCAGGGUAGUUUGAUGUGCAAGUCGUCUGAAAUUGAUGCGUAUGCUGCCGGCCUGGUAAAUGGUUUUGAAACUCGGAAUGCCGGUCAUGUCGUCGUCAAAGAAUUGAUCAUCAAUGAGAUUGAAUGCGCGAAUGAGCACUUGGAUGUUCUGCGGAGGAAUAGUUGCGCAACCAGAGCAUUAUCUCUGUAUGCCAGAAUCAAGGGAUGUGAUUAUUUAGUGAAGCUAUUACGGCCAAUUCUGCAGGAGCUGGUUGAUACGUCUGAUAACUUUGACAUUGAAAAAACAGAACCUGAAGGAGAGUCAAACCAGUCUAUCGAGAUGUUCUUAAGGUACUUGGAUAAGCUGAGCAAUGCUAUUCUCGACUCACUGGAAUACUUUCCGCCUGAACUAAGACUGAUAACCCACGCCGUGUACGUGGCUAUGAAAGAAAAAUUUCCAGAAUAUGCUCAUAUUGCAGUGGGGACGUUUGUGUUUUUACGCUUUAUUGGCCCGGCAUUAGUUUCGCCUGAAUCUGAGAAUAUUAUUUUAACGCUUCCUCUAUCAAGUAAAAAGGCGGUUAUAGCUUUAGCGAAGGUUGUACAGAACAUGGCGAAUGGUUCUGAUAACUUUGAAAAAUGGGAGAUUUUAUCAAGGCAUGCUUCGGUUUUGAAAGAGCACACCCAGAAGAUACACAGCUUUAUCGUGGACCUAUGCGAGCCUAAUGUGGAAAUAUAUAUUCCAAUACGGUUCAAGGGGCCUCCUAUUGUUUUUGACUAUCAUUUUUUGCAUCGUUUCUUGUAUCUGCAAGAGCUCAAUAUUAGAACGAAGAGCAUGAAACUGGUAGACUCUGCAGAAACCUUUGAGAAACUAAAAAUUCUUUGUCUUGACAUUGACGAUAUUCUGGGUGAAUUAGGACUUCCACUUAUGGAAUUAACAAACGAUUUACCUGUAUUUGUCAAGGAAAAUAUGGACAGAUACCCAGAACUUUAUGAGUAUAUGAAUCGUCACGCCUUUAAACAGCUUCCUGGAGAAGACGAAAGUCAUGCUGUGAUGCCAGUUUAUCAAUCAAUGUCUCCAACGGGUGUUCCAAUUCUAAUAAUCUCAUUUCAAAGAAUUGAUCCGGAGUUACGCGACGUGGAGAACGUAGUGUACUCGCUAUUACAAAUUUAUGCCAAAUUAUGGACAAACCAACACUAUAUUCUGAUGGAUUGCACUGGCUUUAGAAUAAAUGUUUCGAACUUCAAGAAACUCUGCAAAUUGUUUUUCAGUUUAACACCCAUCGUGGCUGUGAAAAACUGCAUCAAGGUUUAUUACCUGAAUCCAACGGAGCUAUUUAUGACAAGUUGGCUAGCUCAAAGGGGCAAAGAAAACCUUUUCUCUCAAACAGGGACGCAGUUUGAGUUUAUCAACACAUCUAGUGACCAAUCUCUGUUGAAGAGUUUGGGCCUAUCGACUGAUAUUUUGGAAACAUUACAAAACACAAGAAUCUCACUUCAUGACAUUCAUAUUUACAAUGAAGCAAGACAGUGCUUUUGCCCGAUAUCUUUGAAGAUCGGCUACACGCAAUUCCAAGUUCUGCACGAGGAACCUCGAUCUUAUACAUUGGACGAACCAAGGGAGGAAUUUGACGUAAUGCUGAAUGAUGUAUUCAGCUUUUAUGAUGUAUUAUCUGUUGCUGCCUCAAAUGUAACGGGCGACGAAAAUGAGUUCACAGUUAACUUCUACGACGACACAAGACUGAUAUUUUCUAGUCCAAAACAUUUGGAAAUUGUGAAAAUGUUUUAUUAUGCGGAAUCAAAGCUAGAGACUGAGUUCUAUGACACUGAUAUCACAUAUUCCCAAACACAAGACAAGAAAAAAAAGCAGAUCGACAAUAGGAAUGAAAUCAUAGGCCACUUGUGCCUCGUGUUUAUCGUUGGAUUGUUUAACGAAGAUGAUACUGUCAAAAACAUUUCAUUCAAUUUACUUGUCGCUACACAGGAGGCGUUUAAGCUUGAUUUGGGCACGAAAUUCUAUCAGUCAGCUGAGAUAUACGUUCCAAGCAAUACCACGACCUUUUUAGUUUUGGUUACCGAGGCGUUAUCAACAAGCUUUCCAGAGUUGACUCCAUACAUCUGGAAGUUUAUGAUUGACGGUUUAGAAAGCCACAUUGUGCCAAACCAUGCGAUUUCCACCAUCGUAACAUGUUUGAGUUAUUGGAUACCUAAUCUUUACCAAACAUUUUUUAUUACCGAUAAUGCUGAUAAUCCAGAGCUCGCAUCACACGUUGUUCAAACUUUGAUUAGACUUACUCUACAGGAUUCCGAGUUUACUGCCAUGUACUUGCAGCAAAUUUGGUUCAAACUUGCCCUGGAUAACAGACUUACGUCGGUUCUUGUUGACGAAAUUAUUAAUCAUGCCAUGGAAAGGGACUCGGAAAACAAGGACUGGACGAAGGUGAUAACGCUAUUGACAGGUUUUGCUACAGUCGAGGUUGCCAGUGAACUGAUUAAAAAGUUGAUGAAAAUGAUGGAACUAUUUCUUCCCUCUCUGAAGGCAGAAAUAUAUUCACACAGUUGGUCGGAGCUAACAAUAUUAUCCAAGAUAUCCGUUGCUCUAUUUUUUGAAGCUCCACUACUUGCACAGAUGUUUCUUCCAGAGCUCCUUUUCAUUAUCUCGCUAUUGAUUGAUGUGGGACCUCCUGAGUUUAGGUUGACCUUACAUGAACUAUUGAUGAAUGUCUGCCAUUCUUUAACAAUCAAUGAGUCUUUGAGUCCAGAGUUCCGAAAGAAUCUUAUUGAAAUUUCAACUACAUUUUCUCAUCAGAAAUUGAAUGCAAUAGUAGGUUUCAGCCAGGACAAGGGGAGACUUACUCCAGCGUUGAAUGCUACUUCUUUUACAAGCAAAGUCAAUUCUCUGGAAAACUUUACCGCGAACGUUAUAAUGUUGAUGGAAAACAGUUCCGAGAGCGAAGCAUCUUUAUGGAAAACCAAAUUCAAGAAAUACAUACUGGAUUCCAUAUUCAACUUCAACUCCUUUUUAUCUGCGAGAGCAAUGAUGAUAAUAGGUAUAAUGGGCAAACAACAAACGUCUGAAUUAUUAUGUCGGGAACUGCUUGCAGAGACCAUGAAGGCGUAUGCCGAACCGGUAAGCAACGAGGAGUCUUUGUUUUUAAUUGUCGCUCAUACAUUUGCGUACAGCAAGCUAGUCCAUGGGUUAGAUCCUCUACUUCCUCUUUUGAAGGAGAUGUUCUGGCUGUCAACUUCAAUGCUUGAAUCGCCAUAUCCGAUUGAGUUUGAAGGCGCGUUAAUCUUUAUGACCAACUGUUUGAACAAGUUGUAUCCUAUCCAUUUCCUUGAUGACAGUAACAAGAAGAAUCUGCCCUCGGUAUUGAUGAAUUCACGCGGGUUUGCAAGGGAACAGCUGAAAGAGAUUGAAACCUACCAUGGCAGCCAAUGGUCUACAGAUAAUUUCCCUCACAUUGUCACUUCGUUCAUCAUCCGCGGAAUGUCUAUUCCUGUUGUGAAGGGUACUGCUUUAGAAUGCUUAAGGUCACUAUUCUCCAACGCUUACAAAGAACACGACAGAAAUGAGGAGAACAGACAUCAUUUGGUCUACCUGUUUUUGCUGUACUUGCUAUAUGCUUCAGAGAGUUUCGAGGAAAUGCUACAUGAAUUAAAAUUAGAUUCUGACAUGGUAGAACUGGAUGCUACACACAAAGUUCCGAAAACUUUGCUAGAUUGGGUAUCCGCUGAUAAGGACUGCCCCAACAUCUGUUUGUAUCAAAGCGCACUACUGUUCGACAGUUCGAUGUCUGACGAACCCUGCAAAUACAGGUUUACUCUAGUGGUACGGUACCUGCUGCAACGAAACCCGAUUUGUGCAUUCAGAAUAUAUUCUACGAUGCGGGUGGAGUUGAGGCGCAUAUCGAAUUUGGAGCAAACUUCCGAAUCCGUACUGAUCUCCUUUGAUAUCAUCAAUCUGCUCUUGUCUCAUGGUGAGUUCGAAGAAUUGGUGGAAUUUGGAAGAGAAACAGAGGCUAGGGUUGCUGCCAGAGGUUUAAAAUUGAGUGUUGCGUUUGAAUCGUGCGAAGUUUACUACACGCACACAGCGGCUCCCAAGAAUGAGGAUGCAGAACUGAUAUACAACAGGAAGCGGCUAAUGACAAUGAUUUUAGCCCGGAUGACCCGGUAUACGACCGCAUAA